AUGUCGUACUUUACUUUCAUGCUUGGUAAUGAAACAACGGAAGAAUCUUCAGCAACGGACAGUGAAAUAGACACUCCUGUCAACCAACCACUUGCUGACGCCGACGGUAUGUCAUCUUUACCUCACACUCGUAAUUAUCCAACGUUAGAAGAGGCAACGGUAAUUGAUGUUGAUGUCCAGAUAUUUGCUGAAGACUAUUCUGACGAAACAUCUCAAAUCGAGUCAGAUGUUGAAACCCCUACAACCGAGGAAUCGAACGAUGAAGACGCAGUGCUACAUAAUGAGUUACCUGGCGAAGAAUCACUUAUGUCAAAGCUGGCUACGUGGAAAAUUGUAAAUCACAUUGAGUUCUCCGUGUGUGAUCAGCUAUUGAAGAUUUUGAAUCCAUACCACCUGAGCUUCCUCUGUUAA